GCCUCUCAUGUCACACCGGCGAACAGGUUAAGACCAGAGUUUUCGGUGCGGCAUUUCAGACUGACCACGCGAUCCCUGCUGCUCAGAUCUAUUUGGAUUUCCAAAGGCUUUUGGAGAACUCGACGCGCCGCCUGGAUUGUUUGUGGAUGGUAAUUGCAUCUGAACUGCUGGCUUCCGCAGUUUGAACUUGUACCAUCACACUAACAAGCCUCACUAAUACACAGUUAAAUAAGGACAACCAUCAACAGGACAUCAACAACAGCAUCCUUUCACUCAUCUCCUGUCCAGUUAUCCACUUCAACCCUCUACAACACCACUCUGCUAAGUAUUCAGACCACUGUGUACAAUUGUGACUAUGCCUCGCAAAGGUAAGCGAUCACAAGCUGCUAAAGCUAGAUGGCUCAAAGUGUCUGUUGAUGAAUGUGAAAAUGAUAGCCAAAACAUUGUCAACAACUCCAUAACUGACGAACAACACUGUGAAUUACUCAAUCCACUUGAAUAUGACAUAGAAGUACAGCAUCCCCUUAACCCUGGUGAUUGUGUACAAGCGUCACAUUCUCAGAAUUCUCUUAAGUAUCUGACUUUCUCCCGAAACAAGCAAUGUACAUGUAACUCACUCAUUUUCUUAGCCUUCCUCCAUGAAAAUGAAAACAUAACCACUGCAGAUCUGGAUAUUGUUUUGGAUAAAGGGAAUACACUGUAUUGUGAGCAAAGACAAAAGUUUCCUAAUAACAUAUAUUUGGCUUUUGACGAACUUCCAGACAUUGUACCUGCACGUGCUAAUGUUUACCAUAUUAACAUGCAAAAACAAUCAAGGUUUGGUUCCUUUAAAGACCCCGUACCACUUGCUGCAAAUGACUACCUUGACCUGACAGCAGGCUUAAGCUGUUUAUUGUCUGAUGUUAAAUAUGCUUUGUUGAUCAUGUCUAAUCUGUGCAUUGCUGUUUUUAGAACUCACGCUGGUCAAUACGGAUUCUUUGAUCCUCAUGACAGAACAAGGACUGGGAUGCCCAUACUAGGAACAAAUGCUCACGGAACUGCAAUCAUGCUAACAUUUGCUAAUCUACAAAAGAUGACAGACACAUUAGUGAAGUGCUUUCAAGAACUAGGUGUUUCAUCAUCUACAGUUUACGAAUUAAAGCCAGUAGAAUUUCAUCCUUCAAGUGUCUCAAGUGGACCAAACUACAUACAAGCCUUCCAAAGCAAUGACGAUGUAUCGCCUUCAUAUGUCGAUAAAAACAUGAAAGAGGACAGUAAUACCAAACAACCUGGGCAAAAUAUAAAAACUCCUGAAACUACAGAUUCACAAGCUGCGUGUCAUGAUGAUGUCUCAAAUGGAUCUGAUAUCGACUCAUUAAUACAAACACUGUUCACUCUCCUGCCUUCUAACCAAUCCAGUGAUAAAGUUACAAACAAUAUUGGGGAAAUUCCACAGGAAAACAUUGACAAACCAACACAGACCUUCAAUGACAUCAAUACUUUUCCAGAUAACAUGAAAGUUCAUAUGUCUAAACUAAAUAAGAACAGGAGGAAAAAAUUCUUGCGAUUAAAAAUGCAAUGUGAAAACAAUGACAACCUCCAAAACAAAGACAUCACUAAAGACAAGUGUAAAACUAAAAAACGACUGCAUUCAAAGCUGCUUUACCAUACGAAUCCAAAUGUACGUCAAAGAAAAAAAAAUUAUAUUAAUAAUUUAUAUGCAAGCACUGCUGAGUUUAGACAAAAGCAAAAACAACUUUCAAUGAGACGAUAUCAAAACAAAGCAGAAGUAAGAGAGAAGCAAAGAAAUUACAUUAUAGAAAACUAUAAACAUAACCCAAAGUUUAGAGACAAACAGAAACGCUUCAUAAAUGAACAUUACAAAAAUGAUGAAGAUUUUAACCUAAAGCAAAAGAAAUUCAUAACCUCACGUUAUAAAAACAGCCUUGACUUUCGAAACAAACAAAAACAGUAUAUUGCUGGACGUUAUCACACAGAUUCUGUGUUUAGAGAAAAGCAUAAAAUUAUGGUAAAUGAACGAAAUACAAAUUCAGACGUGAAGCAGAAGAAAAGAG